GUUAUCAUUUAUCAGGGUUCAAGAGACAAGGUAUGUCUAUAUAAUAAAAUUCCAACUUUUCGUUUAAAAGUUAACGCUGUCAUUUUUAAUCACGAUCAUCUGACGUCUUUAUAAUAUGUCAAAGCUGGGAAAAAAAAUAAUUUUAGCUUAUAGUGGUGGUUUAGAUACAUCAUGUAUACUAUUGUGGUUAAAAGAAGAAGGAUAUCAAGUUAUCGCAUACGUGGCAAACAUAGGACAAGAGGAGGAUUUCAAUGCUGUUAGGGAAAAAGCAUUAAAGAUCGGUGCUAUAAAGGUCGUGAUAGAGGAUCUCAAAGAGGUUUUCUUAUCUUCCUUCGCAUGGCCAACUGUUGCGUGUGGUUUGAUCUACGAGAACAGAUAUCUCUUAGGAACAUCGAUCGCUCGGCCAUGCAUUAGCGAAGGUCUAAUUAAGAUCGCAAAAACUGAAGGUGCUUCUUUAAUAGCUCACGGUGCGACUGGUAAAGGCAACGAUCAAGUGCGUUUCGAGUUGAGUUGCUACAGCCUCUGCCCUGAGAUCCAGAUAGUUUCACCAUGGAGAGAAAAGAAGUUUUACACGAGAUUCGCAGGACGGGCGGAUUUGUUACAAUACGCUCAAGAAAAUGGCAUUCCUGUUUCAGCGACACCGAAAGAACCAUGGAGUACCGAUGAAAAUUUAUUACAUGUUAGUUAUGAAUCUGGAAUUUUAGAAAAUCCUGCCACGUCAGCUCCCAAAGGAUUAUACAAAAUGACGACUGAUCCACUGAAUUCUCCUGCAGAACCGGCGGAAAUUGAAAUUGGUUUUAAACAAGGAUAUCCAUUGUUCGUGAAAGAUUUAAAAAGCCAAAAAAUGUAUACUACUCCUGUGGAAUUACUUCAGUAUCUGAAUAAAAUUGGUGGUCUAUAUGGAAUAGGACGUAUAGACAUCGUUGAAAAUCGUUUCAUUGGUUUGAAAUCCAGGGGAAUUUACGAAUCACCCGGCGCUAAAAUUCUCUACGAAGCUCACCAGGACUUGGAAAUAUUCCUGUUAGACCGUGAAGUGUUAAGAGUGAAAUCUUAUUUGGCCACCAAGAUGUCUGAUUACGUUUACAACGGCUUGUGGUUCUCUCCGGAAUGUGACUUCGUGCGAAAUAGUAUACUGUACUCUCAAAAAUACGUUAAUGGAACGGUUCGAUUAGGAUUGUAUAAAGGGAAUGUGUCUAUACUCGGUCGACAUAGCGAAGUCUUGUUGUAUAAUAAAACGUUGGUUUCAAUGGACGCACAAGGCGGUUUUGAACCUGAGGAUGCCGGUGGUUUUAUACGGACGCAAGCACACCGGUUGAAAGAAUUUUAUCGUUUUAAAAAUCAGUGUGACUUUUAAGAAGACACUAUGACACACGAUACUGUAGAUCGAAGCCUAUAUAAUGUUCUGUAAAUGUAAUAUCAUUAUGGACAAAAUAAAGGACUUCGAGUAAGAUGAAACAUACCGAAAUGGAAUUAAUGCUUUGAAACUUUAUAUGUAAGUUUAAUAUAUUUCUGUUCGAUUUAAUUUAAUUCGGUGUUAUCCAUUUUUUUCGUGGAUUGGUCACAGGCAGGACGUGGUUUUAGUAUUAAAAAAACUACCAGCACACUUAUUUUCAAUUAGUUAUUAAUAAUUAAACCUUAGAAUAAUUAGUAUAUUCGUAGAUAUUAUAAUAACGUAUAAUAUGCAUUGAUUUCAUCUGCAAUAAUAGUAUACACAAUGAUCGUUCUUAUCGUUUCUAAUAGAUUCGCAACAUAAGAGAAAACGUCAAAUAUGAGACAAUAAUGUUUUAGUUAAUAUCUCUUCUAUCAAUGACUAUGUAACGCUUUCACUCUACUCCACAUUUUCUCUAUCUAUCUCUCAUUCAUUCAUUCACUCUCUUUCGCUCUCUCUCUCUCUCUCUCCCUCU